GAGAAGAUAAAGUGGUAGAGCAUCGUGUUGCGCGGUCAUUAGUGGCUCGACCCCCACCAGCCGCACGGCCCGCCACUGCUGCCUCCCCGCGCCUCAGGCCGGCCUCCCGCUCUUCAUGAUGAUGCGAGACAUGCAGUUUGCCCUCAACAGUCGCAAGAAUGCUCCUAAGUGCUUACAGAAGGCCACCAAUGUGACCUAUCAGAUCAACCAUGUGAGCAGGAACAAACGUGGCCAGGUUCUUGGACAGCGUGGAGGCUUUAGAGGAUGCACUGUUUGGCUCACUGGUCUCUCUGGUGCAGGCAAGACAACCAUAAGUUUUGCCUUGGAGGAAUACCUCGUCUCCCGUGGUAUUCCCUCCUACUGUCUUGAUGGAGACAACAUGCGUCAUGGCCUCAACAAGAACUUGGGCUUCUCAGAUGAAGAUCGUGAAGAAAAUAUUAGACGUGUAUCAGAAGUAGCUAAACUUUUUGCAGAUUCCGGUGUGGUAGCUCUGUGCUCCUUUGUUUCGCCUUUUGCCAAGGAUCGUGAACAAGCGAAAAAGAUACAUGAAGAAUCGGGCUUACCUUUCUUUGAAGUGUUCGUAGACACUCCGCUUGAAGUGUGUGAAGAGCGAGAUGUAAAAGGACUGUACAAGAAGGCACGUGCUGGUAUUAUUAAAGGUUUUACUGGCAUUGACUCGCAGUAUGAGAAACCUGAAGCUCCCAACGUAGUCCUAAAGACGCACCAUUGUUCAGUUGAUGAGUGUGUUCAGCAAGUUUUGGAUACACUUGAGGAAUGGGAAAUCAUUCCAAAGUCUGUAACUGAAACAGUUAAGGAAUUGUUUGUCCCAGACAACAAAUUAACAAGUGCCAAAGAGGAGGCAGAAUCACUUCCUUCUAUCAGUAUCACUAAGCUAGAUUUACAGUGGCUUCAGGUACUCUCAGAAGGUUGGGCAUCUCCCCUUGUUGGCUUUAUGAGGGAGAGAGAAUUCUUGCAGAGUCAGCACUUUGGUAGCCUCUUGGACUCUGGGGUAUCAAACCAAUCUAUCCCAAUUGUGUUGCCAGUUUCUACUGAUGAUAAAGAGCAGCUUGAUGGAUGCUCGGCCAUCACAUUACGUUAUGAAGGUCGACCAGUUGCUAUUUUGAGAAAACCAGAGUUCUUUGAGCACCGCAAAGAAGAGCGUUGUGCACGCCAGUGGGGGACCACUUGUGAAGAUCAUCCAUAUAUCAAGAUGGUUAAUGAGAGCGGAGACUGGCUUUGUGGAGGAGAUAUUGAAGCUCUUGAGAGAAUAAGAUGGAAUGAUGGUUUGGAUGAGUACCGCUUAACACCUAUGGAGCUCCGUGCUAAGUUCCGGCAGAUGGGGGCUGAUGCUGUUUUUGCUUUUCAGUUGCGUAAUCCUGUACAUAAUGGUCAUGCCCUUCUAAUGCAGGAUACACGUCGGCAGCUGUUAGAACGUGGGUAUCACAAUCCAGUUUUGUUGCUUCAUCCACUUGGAGGUUGGACCAAGAGUGAUGAUGUACCACUUAAGACCAGGAUUGAGCAGCAUCAUGCAGUACUGAAGGAAGGAGUAUUGGAUCCAUCAACAACAGUAUUAGCAAUCUUCCCCUCGCCAAUGAUGUAUGCAGGACCUACUGAAGUGCAGUGGCAUGCCAAGGCACGUAUGGCUACUGGCGCCAACUUCUAUAUUGUUGGACGUGAUCCAGCCGGUAUGCCACACCCGCACACCCAGAAAGAUCUUUAUCACCCACAGCAUGGCCGCAAAGUUCUGACCAUGGCUCCCGGCCUCACUCAGCUCGAGAUAAUUCCAUUUCGAGUUGCUGCAUAUGAUACAGCAGCUGGUAAAAUGGCCUUUUAUGAUCCAUCACGAAAACCAGACUUUGAAUUUAUAUCUGGCACCAAAAUGCGCUCACUUGCUAGGAGUGGUGAAAAUCCACCUGAUGGUUUCAUGGCCCUAUCAGCAUGGAAGGUCCUGAGUUCUUAUUACCAAAACCUUAGUAAAGACUAGGCAGAAGGUGUAACAAUGUAAAAUGGUUGAGGUAUUGUUCUGAAAUAAAUUAUCAUUUAGUGCAGGAUCUUAUAUUAAAACUGUAAACUUGUAAGGUAAUUCCAUUUAUUAAGAACUGUAUAAUAGUACAAUAAACAUACAGUACUUGCUCUUUAAAGAUAUUAGUUACCAGUAUUUAUAAUUUUCUUUAGUCAGUAUUACAAAGAUCUAUUUAAUUGUGGUACAUUCACUGCACAGUAAAAUAUAUACUUUAGUUUAUGAAUUAUAAGUGAGAUUUUGUUCCAAUUGUUUAACUUUUAAUGAGCAUCUGGUUCCAGCAGUAUACCUCCAACCUAAAUUUUGCCAUACUUACUCUCCUAUCAACCAGAUUUUAUGCCCUUUUAAGUAUUACAUGUAGAAAAGAAAGAGGAUCCCAUAAUUUUUCAAAAUUAUUAAAAAUGCAAAUAUUUUCUCCAAAGAUCAAACUACACUAUAUUGUAUUUUAGACAAAACUAAUGAGGUACGUUUCAGAAACAUGCAAACUUUAAGGAUUGUGAAAGGGUGAUAAUAAGCAAGUCUCUGUACAUUGAGAACUGAACCCCACACCAGAACAUGAGGAGACGACGACAUUUCGGUCCGUCCUGGACCAUUAUCACAAUUGACUUGAUAAUGGUCCAGGAUGGACCAAAAUGUCAUCAUCUCAUCUUGUGGUGUGUGGUUUAUUCUCAUAUCUUCAAGCCAUGUUACUCUGAGAAUGCUUCUAUACUGCAGUUUUCCCCUCAGUACAUGUAUACGUAUUAAACUAAUUAUAAUCCAUUUUAAGCAUUUACAUUUAUUUAAAAGAUGUUUUAUGGCUAUUGUUGAUAUAGAAUUUUAUAUAAAUUAUAAUGAAUAAUAAUAUUUAUGGUGCUAAAGAUACCUUAAGUAAUGUUCUUGUUACUAUAUAUAUCUGUUUAUAGUUUUAGAUCAGUUGGUACAUUAAAAAGUGAUGCUUAAUUUAAUGGGCCUUUUAAGGUAAAAACCAAAUGUUUAAAGUAGAGCAGGAAUAUCAUGCACAAGGAAGCACUGAUGACCUAGUAAUCACAUGCUAGCUUGAUUAUGUAAUUAAUACUAUGAGUAAAUACAAUUGACUUGCUCAAUUGCCUGUCAGAAAGUGUAGGAUAUUAUUUUGUAACUUUAAUAAAUAUUUGAUCUAGAUUUCAUGACUGCUUCAAGAAACAAAAUCUCUUAAUAUAAAUAUUUAGAAGUGAACUUUAUGUAAUUCUUUUGUACAUUCAAUAUCACAUUAACAAUUAAUAUGACAGUUGCUAUUUUAAAAUAAACAAAAUUGGCAGAAUUGUUCUUUAACAUUGAUUUAAUUAUUGGAAAGUAUUUUGUAUCAGUCUAGUCUUAGAACCUGGCACAUAGCAGUGAUAGUGCAAUAUAUUAUUUAUCUUGUCUGUUGCUUCUAAAAUCAUGUUACAGUUACUUGUGGUGUGCACCAUGUCUAGUGAAAUUAUUUUUAAUGAGAAAAAUUUAAAUUUCAUAAGUUAAAUGUAGUUUAUUUUAACAUUUACUGGGGGGGGGGGUAUUUUGGCUAAUAUAAAUAAAAUUCAAUAAUAUAUAAUAAUAUAAUAAAAUAUACAUUAUAAACAUU